CACGCUUAAAGAGGAAAUGAGACGACACACUGAGAUCUCACUCGUGUUCUUCAAAUGAAAAUGACAGUUCUGUGGGACUUUCUGUCUUCAGUGGAGCACAAGGAAAGGGUGUGGGCGGGUCCCCAGAGAGUCGGAGGCGGAGUUUCAGAAGCGGACUCGUCCGGCUCUUGUCCAAUCAGAACCGAGGGGGCGUGUCUACAUCUGAUCUCCCCGCUGAGUUUCUGUGCUGAAGUUCUGUGUUUGUGACUGAAGACUGCAGCGAUGGAGUCGUUCGGCGCUCAGGAUGGGCGAUCUCAGUCUGACCCUGUUCGGGCGUCUCAGGACGAUUCGGGAUCGUUUGGGGUCCAAGUCCAGGUCCAGGGCAUCUCCGGCCGGCCGUACGUGGUCCUGAACGCUCAGGGGAGACGCGUGCCACGUUCUCCCGAGUAUCCCGACGUCUUCCUCGCGGAGCAUCGGCGGCAGGAGUUUGUGUCCAAUAUGAGCGGCGGCGCUUCAAGCACUCAAACCCCUCGACCGGAUCAUCACAGAUCUCUUAGAGUCUUCAAGAACCCUUCGGUCCAGCUGCUGAACUACCAGAGGAACCCUGAGAUCCUGAAACCCUACGAUCCCAGAAACAGCCGCGGCUGGUGCAGCAGCCCUUCCUCGCCCGUGAUGGUGAAGAGAGCCAGGAUCCCGGUGCCGGGAGCGGGUCGGGACCGAGUCCAGGAGCCGGCGGUAGAGAGCGUUCCCUGCCAGCCGUCUCAUAUCAUCUGCAGGAUGUCCGUACCCGCCUCCGAGACGUACGACACCGGGACGGCCAGCGCAGGAUCCCCUCGGACCGGCCGAGUCGGUCACCGCGGCAGAAUCGCGCCUGAGGAGAAGAGGCGCUCCAGAAGUCUGGAGUCCAGGUCGGACGGGAUCAGAACGGAAGUCGGCGGCUUCGCGCAGUCAGGGCAGGGGGAGAGGUCAGAGGUCAACGAGGAGAACGGCAGCGGACAGGCCACACCUGACCUUCUGAAAGGACGCCGAGAGCUUCCGGAUCAGCCCGAUGAGGAAACCGCAAAACUGGUGAUGGUUAACUACCUGAAAGACGGGUCCUGUGAGGGUGAAGCCGUUAUCAGGCAGAGGGUGGAGCUCAUGUUUGACAAGAUCCACAUGUUGAAGUUCAGAGCGCUGGAGGAGUUUGCGUUCGCAGCUCCUCUGGAGGAGGUGAAUGAUCUUAAAGACAGAAGGGCGGCGCUAGAGAGACACGUCAGUCUCUUACAGCAGCAGCUGCAGGAGGCCAAGCAGGACAGCGACGGUUUGUCAGAGGAGAAAGAGGAGACAAACGCAGAGCUGAAGAGACUGCAGGAGGCGCUAGAGAGGAGCGAACAGGAGCAGAUCACACUCCGCCACAAGCUCACGGACAUGGAGAAAGAGCUGCAGACAUCACUGGACCAACUCCUGCAGGCCAGAAGGGCUCGUGAUCAGUGUCGUUCUGAUAUGAGGGAUCUGCAGCAGCAGCUGUCUGACAUCCACGAUGAGUUAGACAGCGCUAAGAGCUGCGAGGCUGGAGAGAGAGACAGACUGCUGCAGGAUCUGUCUGAGUUGCGCGGGGAGUUCGAGGCCCUGCAGCGAGUGCAGGAGGAGCAGGAGGAGGCGCUACACCGGCGGGACAGGGAGCUGACGGCCCUGCGGGGGGCGCUAGAGGAGGAGAUCUCCGCUCACGCCAGAGACGUGGAGGCGCUGCAGGAGGAGCACCAGCAGGAGAUCCACAGACUCCUGGAAGCCACACAGGAGGCCAAAGAGAGCGUGGCUCUGCUGGGUCAGAAGGUUCUGGAGGUGGCGGCAGAGAAAGGAGCCGGUCAGACGCUGAUCGCUGAGCUGAAGCAGACUAAAGCAGAGCUCCAGCUGAAGAUCAGCGCUCUGGAGGAGCAGAUCUCCUCCCUCGACCACCUCAUCCAGCAGAAGCAGGAGCAGGAGAAGCUCCUCACAGAACGUGUGGAGCAGCUGACGAUGGAGAAACGGAAUCUGGAGGAGGAGCUGCAGGAGGUCCGACAGCAGGAGGACGACAUGUGUGGAGCCAACCGAGCCCUGAUGAGACACCUGGAGGACACGCAGGGUGAGCUGAGCAGGUUGACUCGAGCUCAUCGCGAGCUGAAGGAGCGGUUCGAGGAGGAGCGCCGUCGGACUGAGGAACUGCAGAGGAGACGCAGUGAGUUAGAGGAGGAGAGGAGGAGCCAGGACCGAGUGUUAGAGCGACUGCACGACGAGAUGAGUGCGGCGGUGACGGGAUCAGAGCAGGAGACGCAGAGGCUGCAGGAGGAGGUGGACGUGCUCAGAGAUCAGAGCCAGAGAGAUCUGGACACGCUACACACACAGCUACACAACACACACACACAACUACAGACACACACACACGCCGCACAGGAAUACCAGAGAGAGCGGUGUGUGUUAGAGGAGAAACUCUCUCGCUGUGAGUUUGAUCUGAAUGAGGCUGAACUGAAAUCUCAGCAGCUGCAGAAGAGAAUAAAAGAGCUGGAGGAGAAACGACACACACACGACGACAGACACAGCAAACUCAUGGAGGUGCGAGUGUGUGAGCUGGAGCGGUGUGUAUCAGAGGAGCGCAGCAGCUCAGACGCGCUCAUGAAGAGACUGGAACGAGGACGAGAGCAGAUGGAGCAGGUGAGAGCUGAACUGCUGCAGGAACGAGCCGCUCGACACGAGCUGGAAUGUGACAAAAUCCGUCUGGAGCGACAGAAUAAGGAUCUGCGGGGCCGCGUGUCGCAGCUGGAGGGAUCUCAGCGCCUCGGUCAGGACGCCGUCGUCUCCGAACUGCAGCUCCACGUGCAGGAGCUGGAGGAGAGGCUGCUGGGAGAGGAGAAGGAGAAGAGCGACCUGCAGCAGCUGAACCGCAGGCUGGAGCGCCGCAUGAAGGAGCUGACGCUGCAUCUGGAGGAGGAGAAGCUCUCGCUGCAGGACCAGAGAGAUCAGCUGGCUCUGCGACUAAAAACCCUGAAGCGUCAGCUGGACGAGGCCGAGGAGGAGAUCGAGAGGCUGGAGAACAGCCGGAAGAAGCUGCAGAGAGACGUGGAGGAGCAGCAGGAGAUCAGCGAUCAGCUGAAGACAGAGAUCUGCGGCCUCCGCAAUCACAUCAGGCGCAACACGAGACCCAAUAAAGCACAGAGUUCAGCUGAUGAAGAUGAUGUGGAGGAGGAUGAAGAUGAGACUGAUGCAUCACUAAAAUAACUGCUGAACAUGUAACUCCAGUAAUUCAUCAUUCACGUGUGUCUUCAC